UAUGAAUCUCAACCACACAACUUGGAUUUCUCAUUAUCAACAGUGCUCAACAUCUCAUCUCUUCUUCCUCCCAUGGGAGUAGAUUUACACAUAUAGUUUUAUUAAGUUCACUUUCUAGAUUAAUAUCGGUUCAAAUACUUAUCUCAAACUCCCAAAAAAAUUCAGAUUUACAUUAAGCAAACAGUUUGGUUUAGUGCACAAUCUUCAUUUUCUUUCCCUUCUCAUCUUUUCUUCUUCAACUUUAAACACCCUAAACAUCUUCAACUCAUGGAUGUAAUAGCUACUUCAGCUACUAUAGUAUCCCACCUGGAUUCGCAGCAACCCAUGACCCAAGCUCCGACCCGGAUACAGCCCGCGAAGCCUAUUUCUUUCUCCAACGGGAAACAUCACCACGACCACCAACAUCAUGCGUCUCAAGUGGUGGUUGCUGCUUAUAAAGAGUGUCUCAAGAACCACGCCGCUGGAAUCGGCGGUCACGCUUUAGACGGUUGCGGCGAGUUUAUACCGUCGCCGACGUUUAACACCAGCGACCCGACUUCACUAACAUGCGACGCCUGCGGUUGCCACCGUAACUUUCACCGCCGCGAAGACGAUCUAUCUGCUGUUUCAGCUGCUGUCCCGAGGAUAGAGUUUCGUCCUCAUAACCGUCACCAGCUUCCUCCGCCGCCGCUACCUCCGGUGGGAGUUGGCAGCCAAGACGACGAUGAUCCUGCUUCUCCUCCGCCGAUCUCGUCUUCUUAUAUGCUUCUUGCACUCUCCGGAAGAGCCACGGCGGCUCCGGUGUCGAGGAAGCGUUUUAGGACGAAGUUUAGUGAGUUUCAGAAGGGGAAGAUGUUCGAGUUCGCGGAGAGAGUUGGGUGGAGGAUGCCGAAAGCGGAUGACGUGGAUGUGGUGGAGUUUUGUCGGGAGAUUGGAGUUGAGAGGAGUGUUUUCAAAGUGUGGAUGCAUAACAACAAGACUCCAGGACGCGGCGGUGGAGCUAGAAGAGCCAACGGAGACGGAGGAGUAGGAGACGACCGUGAGAAUGUUCCGACAAACGGGUCGUUUGCUUCAACGUGAAGUAAGAUAAUGGCAACAUCGUCGUUUGUUUGGUAGCUAGUUCUUUUGGUUUCUCUUUGUUUGUUUCUGUUUUACGCUUAUUUUAUUUUUAGUCAACGGGUCAGAUCUGUGUGUUCUGUUCACAUGAAACUGUCUUGUGUUUUUUCUUAAUAGUUUACUAUUGUUAGAGUGGUGAUAUGAGAGGUGUAGCUUUCGACCGAAUACGAGAAAGAUAAAAGAUUAACCUCUAAA